AAAGCCCAAACAAAAUUAUGCCUUGCCAAGUUGCAACUGCACAAGUCACUUGACCGGUUGUUUUCCUCUUUCUUCUCUCCACGUUAAGACAACAACCUGAAAAAAGUGAAGAAGCUGAGAAUCUGACAUACCCUAGUCCCUAGAAAUCCACUGUAACCGAGAAAUGCUCAGGUGAGCCGGUGUGACCAAGAUUUAUUUGUUCAUGAUGAAGGCGCGCGUGCCGGAAUGGCUGAACAGCACUCUUUGGUCCUCCAAAUCCCCACCCGUUGACGAACGUCUCCAUCAAUGCUCUCCGAAAUCAUCCACCCCUACCAUAUCCGCUGCUGAGCCUCCUCGGGUCGAACCCCCACUUCCCCAGCCUCCUCCAAAACUUAUAAUUCAAGAGCCGUCAACACCGCAAAUGACAGAUCCCCGUGGAGACGAUCACAGGAACUCUCCCAGUUCUUUGACUGAGGACAUUUCCAGGCAGACCCAACUCUUGGCAGAGCUCUCGAAGAAGACAAUAGAUAUGCAUGAAUUGCGGAGAUUGGCAUCGCAGGGUAUACCAGAUGGUGUUGGAAUUCGUCCUACCAUAUGGAAGCUCUUGCUGGAAUAUUUGCCUAAUGAUCGUGGAUUAUGGGCAUCCGAAUUAGCUAACAAGAGAUCACAAUACAAGAAUUUCAAAGAGGAGCUUCUGGUGAAUCCUUCAGAAGUCACUAGGAGGAUAGAGAAAUCUGCUGGGAUUGAAAACAAUGAAUCAUGCGAAGGAAGUGGCUUGCUCCCAAGAUCAGAAAUAACCCAUGGAGAGCAUCCUUUGAGCCUUGGAAAGACCAGCAUCUGGAAUCAGUUUUUCCAGGACACAGAGAUCAUUGAGCAGAUUGACCGGGAUGUGAGACGUACUCAUCCAGACAUGCACUUCUUCUCUGGGGACUCAUCCUUUGCAAAUUCUAAUCAGGAGGCUUUGAGAAAUAUAUUAAUUUUAUUUGCAAAGUUGAAUCCGGGUAUAAGAUAUGUGCAAGGGAUGAAUGAAGUUUUGGCACCUCUUUUCUAUGUAUUCAAGAAUGAUUCUGAUGAAAAAAAUGCAGCCUCCGCAGAAGCAGAUGCAUUCUUUUGUUUUGUUGAGUUGUUAAGUGGAUUUCGCGACCACUUUUGUCAGCAACUUGACAACAGUGUUGUGGGCAUUCGUUCCACAAUUACAAAGUUGUCACAGCUCUUGAAAGAACAUGAUGAGGAGCUUUGGCGUCAUCUUGAGGUCACAUCCAAAGUGAAUCCACAGUUCUAUGCAUUUAGAUGGAUAACUCUCCUGUUGACUCAAGAAUUCAAUUUUGCGGACAGCCUUCACAUUUGGGACACACUUUUAAGCGAUCCUGAAGGUCCUCAGGACACGCUGCUUCGUAUAUGCUGUGCCAUGCUGAUUCUCAUCCGGAGGCGUUUAUUAGCAGGCGAUUUUACUUCCAAUCUCAAGCUACUUCAAAACUAUCCUUCUACCAACAUCAGUCACCUCCUCUAUGUUGCUGACAAAUUGCGUGUAAAAUCUACCAGAUAAAAUUUCCAUUUGUUUUUUACAUUUCAUUUGCCCUUUGUACUGCCAAGUUUGAUGUAUGUAUAAUUUGGUAAAUGUAAAUGUACGUUCAAAUUAACCACCAGCGUUGAGAGAAAAUGGUUUGAUCCGUAUUUGCAAUA